AUUUGGGGGAUUUUGAUACACAAAGUAACCGACAAACAUUGUUCAGGUGUUACUAUCACAGUGUUAUUACAUAUUAUGAUACGCAAAUAUGUCAUUCACAACAGCGUUACUAUGGCGAGCCACAUAGGUGUUGACAAAUGUACGCAGAUACCGCAUAACCUUUAUUUAUAGUAUACCUAUUUACACAAAAUAAAACGCAUUUAAAGAAAUAUUAUUACUGUGGCGUGCUUACGCUGCUCACGCGUGCAUUUCCCUCCGAGAAAAAAAACAGAGUCACCAUGAUUUGAUCGCUGUGAAUAAAGUGUCCGCCACAUAAAUACGCACAGAAUUAGAGAAAUGAGCCUGCGAUCGAAGCACUCGUAAAAGUUUGACAUAGUAAACUUGCCUCCGGUGGGUUACUCGAAACUCUUCUCGUCACCCUCCCCGCUGACGUUUACGUACGCAGCCGUGGCGUGCCUGCAAGCCAAAUAACAUGGAGUCCUCUGCCUGGCAUCUCCAAGGGAUCCCUGCAAAACACCCGAGCGCCGAUUAAAAAGAGCAAGUUCCUCCAUGGGAGCAGUCAAAGCUUCUUGCCAGCAUCGUCGCGGUGCGUAAAGCUUCAGCUCCGUCCUCAAAGUAUGACGAACGGUGCUUAAAGAGGCAGCCUUUCCCUGCGAUCCGCAAACCAGGCCGAUUUCAAAGGAGAGGAGGCUGCACGAUGUAGGCAGGCUGUUUACUAGUGGGACUCCAUACUGUUCUCUGGGGGGUGGGGGGGACCAUGGAGCCAGAAGGGGAACCCCUAACCCCAGGGACCAGCUAUGGGCCCGCACCCAUCGACUCAGCACAAAACCCCGUCACCCCAACUUUCCUCAACAGCACCUUAGAGUCUUCAUGUUCUCCAAAUCUGAGAGAUGGCCUGAUAUCUGCCAAAUGCUUGUGGGGCCUCACUGGGGAGGAGCGCUCCAAGCAGAGUGAGGGCCCCCAGUCCAGUGCAAACCAAGGGAGGAGCGCACAGAGGAGAUUCAAAUCCUCAGCCUUUCCUUCCUCCUUAAGCUGGGACUCUGACUCUGAGAAGGAAACACUAGAUGAGGAGGAGCUACAGAACUUUUCUAACCCUCACGGUCUGGCUGCUCACAGUCCAGGAUCUCCUUCUUCUGGACUAAGACUUGAUAGUGAAGAUGACCAAGUACCUGAUAAAAUGCAACACUUCCAUAGUAAGACUGGCAUGUCUACACCCGCUGAGGGGCACAGUGAUAACAAUGAGAGCACAAAGACAGAGGAGCCAAAUACAUCCCAGCCUGGCCAAACAGAAUUAGCAGACAGCAAAUUCUGGAAUGUAUCUGAGGGAGCUGAGCCAUUCCUGUCUAAAGUAAAACCAAAGGAAGGUUGCCAAAUGGAGGAGGAGGAGGUGGUGCUGGACAACGGGGAGGGAGAAAAAAAGCCCAAGGGAAAGGAAACCAAGGAGCCUGAGAGAGAUGUGUACACCUUCCCCGGAGACUCAGACCAAGAGAGUCCCCCUCCUGCCCCCUGGGCUCAUUGCACAUUCAUUCAGCGGUGCAGAAAAAAGAGGGUCUUGCUCAGGCCCUUCUCAGGACUUGGCACCUUAAAGCGUACGUUGCCUGAGACUGCCAAAUUGGCAAGACCUAGUCCUCAAAAAUCUGAAACAGUACAACUAAAUCGAGGUGGAGGGGUUUAUGACUUUGAGGAGGUCAGCUUUGGAGAGGGAGGGGUGGAACCCAUAAAGUUCAGAGACAGAGGUGGGAGAAGAGACAAAGAAGGAGAAGAAAGUGGAGCGGAGACAGAUAAAGAGAUUUUCACGUGUGUCGAGUGUAGCAUUUAUUUUAAAAAGCAGGUCCACCUGCAAGAACACAUGAUUGAGCACAAUCAGAGUGGCGCAGGGGGUGUCAGGCGCUUAGGAAAGGGCAGCCGCUUUCGAUGCACUGAGUGUGGAUGGAACCUGCCAAAUCGACUUGCACUUGCUGACCACCAUAGAAGGCACGAAGAGUCACGACUGAAGAUCCUGGAAGAAAUUGAGAAACUGAAUGAAAAUGGGAAAGCAAAAGAAUUUCAGACACUGGACAGCAAGGUGUUGAAAAAUAGAAGCAUAGACCCGACAGUUAUAGAAAAUACUGGCCCAGGCUCAAUACUAAGCAAGGUGGUAGACCCAGACACGGUCAAAUCUCCACCUCUAUCGCCAGUAUCAACACUGGAUAUAGACCCAGGAGUCCUUGACCUAAAUACACCCCUGCCAAAUUCAGUUCGAACUCCAACUCAGACCCGAGCUCUCUCUGCCUACCGUCGCCGCUUUAUCUGUACUAAGUGUAACUUCAGCACAAGAACAUCCCAAGCACUAGCUAAUCACUCCAAGACCCACACCAGGAAAAAGCCCACUCUCCAGUCAGAUUCUUCUUCCUCUGGCUCACCACUGAGUUUGGCAUCUACUUCCCUGACCUGUGGUCACUGUGGCUUCCUGACCUCAAGUGAAUCCAUACUGAGGGAACACCAGGCACUCGUUCAUCCAGGAGAGAUCGACGAGUCUGGACAGCGUUUAAAGGCUAGUAUGGAAGCAAGAAUUUUUAAACCCAACCUAGACCCUGAGUUCGUCUCUGAAUCCGGAUCCCAGCAUGACGCAAAUCAAGGCAAAAGCCAGCGAGCAGUUACUGCUUCUGAUGACAGCAGAACACCAGACGGCACUACAGCUCGGCCUGUGAGACAAGUGGUCUGUAACAGGAGAUUCAGCACAAGAGGCAAACCUUGGACUGAUCUGGCCAAGCUUGACACCACUGGGGAUGGUGAAAAGCUGCCUGAGAAUGAAGAGGAAGAGCAGGACCAAGAUCAGAAGUCAGAGUUUAAGACAGAGCUGUGUCGGGAAGAGGAAAGCUCAUCAGUGGCAGUCAGGCCUCAUACUAGAGCACAAUCCAACAUGGAUGAUGGCUCAUCGCUGCAGAGUGCUCCAUUACUGCUCCCCACCAAGAAGAGCGAAAAGGACGAUGACAAGAAGGAAGCGGAAAAAGACGGGAAGGUUUUCUUUCUGAGGAGGAGCACCAGGGUCGCUGCCGCUCCUGUAGAAAUUGACAGCGACGACGACGAAGACAUUGACGAGGAACGCGUGCGACGUUUCCUGUCAGAGGGCGUCCUGGAUGAAGACAAAGACGAGAUUGAUGAGGACACAGAGGCACUGAAGAGCGUGGAGAGGAAAUGCCCCUACUGCCCCGAUCGAUUUCAUAAUGGAAUUGGGCUUGCCAAUCACGUGAGAGGCCACCUGAACCGUGUGGGCGUCAGCUACAACGUGCGUCACUUCAUAUCCCCGGAGGAAGUCAACGCGAUUGAGAAGAAGUUUUCUUAUCAGAAGAAGAAAAAAAAAGUUGCCAACUUUGACCCGGACACUUUCAGCGUGAUGCACUGCGAGUUCUGCAGUGCUGGCUUCGAUACCCGGGCUGGCCUGUCGAGCCACGCUCGGGCCCACCUCCGUGACUUCGGCAUCACUAACUGGGAUGUUACCAUCUCCCCAAUCCACAUCUUGAGGGAGCUGUUCUCCAGCAGGCCUGACCUCGUAAUCCCCACGGCUCCCCCUCGGAGUUCUGGCUCUCCAGUGGAGGAAGAUGAGGACGAUGAUGAAGAUGAGAGAGACCUAGAGGAUGAAGGGGAGGGAAUUGUUAAAGUAAAGCUGGAGGAGGAGACAAGCGAAAGGACCCUGAGUGCUGCUGUUUCUGAUGUGCUGCCUUCAGCAUCUCCCCAAUCCUGGAAGAAGCGGGACGGAGCAGAAGAGUGUAAAGGCGAUGACGAGGAGGGAGCAGAGGAAGAAGAUGAGGAGGAGCUGCAGCAGCUUUCAGCCCUGGACGGUUUGAGCUCAAGCCCCGGGAAAACGGGUCCGCGCGGCGUGAACACGGACAGCCUCUCUCCUGGGGAGGAUGCAGACACCGCGGACAACAACUUGAAGUGUGAGGUGUGCGAAGCUCAGUUUGAGACCAAGCGCGGCCUCUCCAUCCACGCCCGCUCUCACUUGCGCCAGCUGGGCAUCACCGUUUCAGACGGCAGCGGGACCUCCAUUGAGCUCCUCCGCCGGAUUGCCAAGGAGCGCAAAAUAAGCUUGUCUCUUCAGGAGCCACUCGUAGCUGAGAGCCCCUCCCCGUCCAUUGCCCCAAAAGAUGAGGACAUGGACUUAGACGAGAAACCCAUCCCUCUGUCCCUCUUGGCCAAAGCAGCGAAAGCAGUGCCGCUCUCGUCCUCCUCCACACCUUCUCCGGGCGCCUCUCCAGCUCCGGCUCACUCCGGCUCCCCUUCCUCGGUAGUGAAGAAAGCCCCCAUUUCCUCUCUACUACCUGUGUCUUCCCCCUUGCGCUCUCCUGAGCACAAGGCAGGGGGCAUGAAAAACUUGACCUCUAACCUCUCCGGCUCAACAACCAUUGCAACAGCCAAACCCCUCUGGGCGCCAGAGGAGAAUGAUGCUCCUCUUAACCUCACACUGGAGGUUGACCCCAACAAAGACAUUGUUUGUCAGCUGUGCGGCGCCUGGUUUGAAACCCGGAAAGGCUUAUCCAGCCAUGCUCGAGCUCACCUGCGGCACUUUGGGGUGGAGUACUCGGAAUCCAAGGGGUCUCCCAUCAGCCUCCUGAACCGGCUCAUCGACACGGAUGACUUUAAGCACAAAGCCAGUGCAUUGCAGCUCGACAACCACACAGAGCCACGGAGCCUCGCCCCCACUACGCUCUCCUCCUCAAAGCCAUCCUUGCUGACACUCUCCUCCUCUUCCUCUUCAUCACUCCUGUACAAGGUGACCACGACCGGGAGUGGUUCAACAUCCAAAGCUACCUCUUCCUCUGCCUCAUCUAUACUUGGCCCACCCGCCAAGCGUCUCAAGUCCUCUUCCAUGCAGGUCUUCCGCCUCAGUAGUGGGGAACUCAUGGCCCUUCCACACAGUGAACCUCCAAAGGAGAUAGGCUGUGAAUUCUGUGGGGAAUAUUUUGAGAAUCGCAAAGGGCUGUCUAGCCACGCUCGCUCUCACCUGCGUCAGAUGGGCAUUACCGAGUGGUCCGUCAAUGGCUCUCCGAUCGACACCCUGAGGGAGAUCAUCACGAGACGGGGCCUGCCUUGCGCCCUCCCGCUAAAACCUCUCAAAACCCCACCGCCAUCUUCUCCAGGACCGCCUCGUUCCCCCCUUUCGGUGUCCUCUUCUCCUUCAGCUACUCUCCUCAGUCGCCUGCCCUUCGCCUUCGCCCGCCCCUCCAGUCCUCAGGCCGCCGUGUCCAAGUCGAGCUCGGCUCCACCAACGCCUUCUAGCGGGCUGAUUCUCAAGCUGAAGCCGGAGCCGGUGCAGGUAGAGGUCACCACGCCUGGAGCUGUGGGGAGAUCUGGAGGGUUUUCAGCUGAGUCUCUCAACUCUAGCUGGAGGAGCUCUGACAGUGCGUUUCCUCUCAACUUAGCCAUGGCCCAUGAGGUGGAGCCUACGAGGGAUAUCCGUUGCGAGUUCUGCGGGGAAUAUUUUGAGAAUCGCAAAGGCCUUUCUAGCCACGCCCGCUCCCACCUGCGACAGAUGGGCAUCACAGAGUGGUCCGUCAAUGGUUCGCCCAUCGACACCCUGAGGGAGGUUAUGCACAAGAGAGGGGUGGGUGGCUCCUCGCAGUCAGACCAAGGAGUGAAGAAAGAGUCCAGCCAAGGAGCGAACAGUCCCUCCUGGGAGAGCACAGGGGGCGCCAGCGGCUCCGAGGGUUUGGGCGCUUCGGGUUACCAGUCCUCCAAAUUCCGUAAAUCUCCUCUCAGCUUGCAGCAGUCAGGGUCAAGGCUCCAUAAGCAGGGUGUGGGGUCUGUGGGCCCAUCUGCUACCCCAUCUGCAGGGAAGUUUUUCAGGAUGUCCCCACUGGGGAAAAGGCCUCUGUCUGAGGAGGCCCAGUCAGUGGAGGCUGCGCACUCAUCUCCACAUCAGCUUAAGACUUUCUCAUCCCUUCCACAUGAUUUCUCCUUCAAAAGAAAACCUUCCCCAGACAAGCAUGCACACCAGGAUCCCAGUUGUGAGCUGUGCGGCUUUUUCUUUGAGAACCGUAAGGCUUUAGCCAGCCACGCGCGAGCCCACCUGAGGCAAUUUGGCGUGACCGAGUGGUGUGUAAAUGGAUCCCCUAUCGAGACGCUUAGCGCUUGGAUGCGUAGCAGGCCGCAAAAGGUGUUGGAGAUGCACCGCAGCUACAUGCAGGGUAACCGCACCACCCUAAAGAAGAAGAGCAGCUCACCGCUCACUGUGGAUUCUGAUCAUAUCCUCCCCAUCUCAUCGCAGAAGGCUUCCUCUUCCUCCUCCUCCUCUCAGUGGUCUUCUUCUUUGGCUGUCAGCCUGGUGCGUCCACUGAGCCACGAGGUCAGCCAGGGCUCUUCCAAGACUGCAGAGGAAGAAACUGGUACCAACUUCCAGGGUGCUCCCAUCAGGGCUGGUCGCAGCAGUCCCAGUCUCUCGCGGCUCGGCAGCGGCCACACGCUUCAAGCACAGGUGGCGCGCAGUGAGCUCAAUGUCCGCCUGCCUAGAGGUUUUGAACGUCGGCCGUUGAAGCACCCAUCUUGCCCGGACGGGACAGAGAGGGAUAGCGGCCCUCCUAAGCCCCCACGCACAGGCACCGUCCCCGCCCUGGUGCCCAAACCACCCUCCUACCCGCUGGUCAAAGUGGUGGGCAAGUUCUACACCCUGAAGUGCCGAUUCUGUGAGGUCGAGUUCCACGGUCCACUGUCGGUGCAGGAGGACUGGAUCAGACACCUCCAGCAGCACAUUCUCAAGAUGAACUACAACAAGCCCGCUGCUGCCAAAGCAACAGCCACCGAACCACCUGCCCUAGCUGACGAUCCUGUGCCGGUCCAGGCCUCUGUCCUAGCCUCCACCUCUACCUCCAGAACCACCUCUACCGCACCGGCUCUCACUUCCACCUCAAACAGCAACACGACUCCCAAGAGCCUCUCCCCCUCGCCCGUGGACGAGUGCGCUCCUGCCAUCACUGCCACAGAGAUAGUUCAAGUCUCAGAGGAGCAGCCAACCCUAACUCCAACUCCUAUUCCUCUCCCCACCCAGACAGCUGGUGUUUAGGAGGAGCAUUCUCCCUCCCAAAGAGCCCUCUGAGCCCCAAGCACCUUUUGAAGCAGCUUUCUAGACUGUUACUAAGUCCCGUUGCCAUGAGAACGAAGCUCCACUGGCUUAUCUGCACACCAGGGAUGGGUGAUUACGGGAAAUGUCCAAGGUUAUAAGGAGAGAUGGACUAAUGUUUGUGUUUGCCUUGUUUAUAUUGAAUGUUCAGAUGUGGAUCGUUACUGUACCUCUCUCAUUCACUGGGCGAUUUAGGGUUUAAUAUAACCCUUUAUUAAACUUUAACACCUUGUCUACUACAA